AAUCUAUUGUCCUGUACUGAUCGUGUGAUUGUUUACCUCUUCCGAAAGCCGACAGUCGCGACAAUGCAGCAGACAGUGCUUCGCGCUUCCUCUAGUUCCGUUAAUGGACGUCCCACCGCAGCACCGAUUGCUUUGCGCUGCUGCAAACGUGCUCGCCUCGCAUACUUCCGUCCAGCUAGGGCUGCUGUGCUGAACCGCCCGGACAGCGAGGAGGGCCUCACCUACAAGAAGGCGGGUGUCGACAUUGAUGCUGGUGAUGAGCUGGUUAAGCGAAUUCAAAAAAUGAACCCGGACAUCGGCGGCUUCGGAGGCUUGGUGCCCUUCGGCGAUUCAUACCUUGUUGCCGGCACCGACGGCGUCGGCACCAAGCUUAAGCUCGCUUUCGACAUGAACAAGCAUGACACGGUGGGUAUUGACCUCGUCGCUAUGAGCGUCAAUGACAUUAUCACCCUGGGCGCCAAGCCGCUGUUCUUCCUAGACUACUACGCCACCGGCUUCCUCGAUGUGGACACGGCUGAAAUGGUUAUCAAGGGCAUUGUUGAGGGUUGCAAGCAGUCUGACUGCGUGCUGCUGGGCGGUGAGACCGCUGAGAUGCCGGGUUUUUACCAGAAGGGCGAGUAUGACCUGGCUGGCUUUGCCGUCGGUGCCGUGAAAAAGGACAAGUUGAUUGACGGCAAGAACAUCAAGGCCGGUGAUGUUGUGCUCGGCCUCUCGUCCAGCGGCGUACACUCCAACGGCUUCUCCCUCGUACGGAAGGUUCUGGAGGUUUCUAACACCAGCCUCCACGACCACACCCCGUGGGACGCGUCCAAGACGUUUGGCGACGUGCUGCUUGCACCCACCAUCAUUUACGUGCGCAAGGUUCUGGAGCUGCACGAGAAGGUGGGUCUGAAGGGCGUCGUACACAUUACGGGUGGCGGUAUGCCCGAGAACAUCCCUCGCGUCAUUCCGGACGGGCUGGGAGUCAGCAUCAAGGACGGCUCCUGGCCCAUGCCCGAGCUGUUCAAGUGGCUCCAACACACUGGCAAGGUUCCCACUGCGGAUAUGCGGCGCACGUUCAACCUGGGGGUGGGUCUGGUUGUAGUGGUGGACCCCGCUAAGGUGGAUGAGGUGCGGCAGCUAGCGCCCGAGGCCUUCGUACUAGGCGAGGUGGUGCCCGGGGAUGGCGUUACCUUUGUGUAAUGACGACGUUUCGUACAUGGACGUACGGCAUGACGGUUGGAUGGUUGGUCCGGGAGGUAUAUGGGCCGAUUAGUUAGCUGUGUGAUGAGUCCGUGGCACCUGGUGUGUUUUGUCUGCUCGGAAAUGUCUUGAUUGCUUCGUGAGUGCAUUAGGAGCCAGGUGCGGCGAUUUAUUAUAGGUGGUGAUUUCACCCCCCGGCGGCGGCGAAUAAGAGGCACGACGAGACGUGACGUGAUGUGACAUGACAUAACAUGAUGGGCUUACAACGCCCCUCUCUGACCUGCACCAGUGCGAGUGCUGGUAGGCUGGUAAAAGAGGAGCGGCUGGCAUGGCGGGGCGGGGGAGGAGGAUUUAUACCAGUCUGUUGGCAAGUUGGUUGCUGUGGUCGCAUACGGAGCUGCAGGAGGGUACGACACAGCGGUGUCGAGUGUUGGUGUCUAUCGCCUUUUGUGCAAUUUGUUCUAGUAGAUAUCGUACUGGUGAAUACUGUUUGGGGGGUGCUGUUGGAUGGUUGGAUGUCGGCACGAUGUCGAUGUGGUCUGGAUGGAUUUUCUUUCUGGUCUGGAUCAUGUUUUUUUUCCUUGUUUAAAGGCGGGGUCGAUAUGGAGUUAUAGCUGUGGGCUCUGUGGCAUCUGAUGAGUCGUUUUGGGGCGAGGAGGGCUUCGGGUGCGAACCAUCUUUCGGAGGGUUGAGGCUGCGUGGGGUCCUCACUGCUGUCUGACAGUCAGUCAGUCAUUACGCGUCGUGUCGCGUAAUGAACUGAACAUGCAUCUUACGCUGAAUUGAGAAUUGCAUUUUAAAGCUACUUUAACUCACGCUAACG